AGUCAAUGGAAUUGUUGCAUUGCAGACAGCAGGUGUCUCUUCCCUCUGUUUCUGGUUAACAGUGUUUGAGUGGUCGUGUCGAGCAGUAUAGAACAGGGUCAGCAGACCGAGUCCUACUGUCAGCCAGUGUUGGCUGUUCAGUUUGACCCUGAAGAAACUUGUCAUGCUAAAAGAAAUGGACAAAGACCUUAACUCAGUGGUCAUCGCUGUGAAGCUACAGGGUUCAAAAAGGAUUCUUCGUUCCAACGAGAUCAUCCUUCCAGCCAGUGGAUUGGUGGAAACAGAGCUCCAGUUAACCUUCUCCCUCCAGUACCCUCAUUUCCUGAAGCGAGAUGCCAACAAGCUGCAGAUCAUGUUGCAGAGGAGAAAGCGUUACAAGAACCGGACCAUCCUGGGCUAUAAGACCCUGGCCGUGGGGCUCAUCAACAUGGCCGAGGUGAUGCAGCACCCAAACGAAGGCGCCCUGGUACUCGGCCUGCACAGCAACGUGAAGGAUGUCUCCGUGCCUGUGGCAGAAAUAAAGAUCUACUCCCUGUCCAGCCAGCCCAUUGACCAUGAAGGAAUCAAAUCCAAGCUGUCUGACCGUUCUCCUGAUAUUGACAAUUAUUCUGAGGAAGAGGAGGAGAGUUUCUCAUCAGAACAGGAAGGCAGCGAUGAUCCACUACACGGGCAGGACCUGUUCUAUGAAGAUGAGGAUCUUCGGAAAGUAAAGAAGACCCGGAGGAAACUAACCUCAACGUCUGCCAUCACAAGGGUGAGCCUCCAAGGUCCGGGGAAUGUUUUAGCAGAGAUUUUCAAUCUGGGGGUAGGAUGGGAGUCGUGUAUUCAGACUUCCUGGGGGCUUUUUAACAUCUGCACAGGGCCACGCACUCAAGGCUGUGAUACACCCCUCGGUACCUCCACCUCCACCACCAGCUAAUUAAGCAUCACUGUUGCAGAGAACCAGCGUUCCUGAUAGGAGCAUGUUAUAUUCUUCGGGUUAUCUUAGGAUAGAAGAAAGGUUGAGAAACCUUGUUGUAGACUUUGGAACAGAUGCUUCUUGGGGAGCAGAACCCCUCAGA